CACACACACACUUUAAUUUUAAACUAAAAAUAGGUCUCACAAAACAUAUUUUAACUCGAUAUGGAUUUUGAUUGGUUCUGCAGUUUUGGAAUCUCGAUUCACAUUAUAUUACUCAUAUCCAAUUUCUUUGUUCAAAUAGUUAUAUGAUUAUAGCACACAAAUGAUAUUUGAUUCUCUUAACUAUAUAAUGUCAGUCUCGGCAUGCCUUCUUUGAGAAGCUGUGCCAGGAACCUCGCACGUGCCAAACACACGCACCGAAACUACACAUUUAUCAGCCCCACAAGCCUGCGAUCCGAAUCAUCAGAUUGAUCGGUGUUCGGAGCUCCGGGAACUAUGGCGGCGGCGGCGAGAAAGCUACGCACACUCCAAUCUCAACCGGACAACAAAGUAUGCGUCGACUGCGCUCAAAAGAAUCCGCAAUGGGCGUCGGUCUCUUACGGAAUCUUCAUGUGCUUAGAGUGCUCCGGGAAGCACCGAGGACUAGGCGUACACAUCUCCUUCGUCAGAUCCGUCACCAUGGACUCAUGGUCAGAGAUCCAGAUCAAGAAGAUGGAAGCGGGAGGCAACGAGCGGCUCAACAGCUUCCUCGCGCAAUACGGAAUCGCCAAGGAGACGGAUAUCGUCUCCAAGUACAAUUCCAACGCCGCCUCCGUGUAUCGUAACCGGAUCCAGGCGUUAGCGGAAGGUAAGCCAUGGAGUGAUCCGCCAGUUGUUAAGGAAGCGGUUGGGGGGAUGCAUAAGAAGAAGCCGCCGUUAGGUAACGGUAACGGAGGAUGGGAUAGUUGGGGUAACGAUGAUUCGUACCGGACUUCGAGGGAUAUGAGACGGAAUCAAUCGGAGAAUGAUUUUAGGGGGUUGGGAGGAGGAGGAGGAGGUGCGCCGGUGAAGUCGAAGUCGUCUGAGGAUAUUUAUACGAGGUCGCAGCUUGAGGCUUCGGCUGCGGGGAAGGAGAGUUUCUUCGCGAGGAGGAUGGCGGAGAAUGAGUCUAAGCCUGAAGGGCUUCCUCCUUCGCAGGGAGGCAAGUAUGUAGGGUUUGGAUCAGGCUCGGGUCCGGUACCGAGAAGGAAUCAGCAGGAUGAUGUUUUCUCCGCUGUGUCUCAGGGCUUUGGAAGAUUGUCUAUGGUUGCUGCUUCUGCAGCAAGUGUUGUUCAGACAGGAACCAAGGAGUUCACUUCCAAGGUGAAGGAAGGUGGGUAUGAUCACAAGGUGAGUGAAACUGUAAAUGUAGUAGCGAGUAAGACAACGGAGAUAGGACAGAGAACAUGGGGGAUUAUGAAAGGAGUAAUGGCGAUUGCGUCACAGAAGGUCGGGGAGUACACUAAAGAAGGAAGAACAACAACCUGGAGCCAGCGUAACGAAAGCGAGAGCAAUGGUUACUACCAAAACUUUGGAAAUGGGAACAAAGCAGCGAAUCCAUCUGUUGAAGGAAGAGGGUCACAGUCAUCAUCAAGUGGUUAUUACAACAAUUCUCAGAGGUCAAAUUCUUGGGAUGAGAGUAAGAAGAAGGAGGCAGUAGCUUCAAAGGGGUCAUCAGCUUCUAAUGAUGAUGAUGGCUGGACCGGUUGGAAUGAUCCCAAAGAUGAUGUUUAUUACCAAAGUGCCGGAGACAAGAAAUCAGCUGGUCACAACGGGAAAUCAGACACCGCUUGGACUGGUGGAGGUUUUCACUAAAGGUGAUAGUGAAUGCCGGUGAAAAGAAGUGUAUAAUUAAUUAAGUCUGGAUAUAAGUUGAAGAUUGGUCGUCAUCUUUAAAACAAUUUCCAUCGAUUGCCACACGUCUUUGUUUUUCUUCAUAAGUUAGCAGUGUCUUGAUAGUUUUCUUUUUUUUUUUGUAAGGAGUUACAUGUUUUCAAAAGAUCCAUAACAGACUAUUUCUGCUAAAGAUUCUCAGAUAGUCUUUCACAAUUUUAAUUCA